AUGAGGGACAAGCCGAUUUUUCUGAUUCUCUCUUAUGACUCUGAAUUCACAACAAGAAGAAUGAAUGCUUCUGUGAUGAGUGCUCCUCAGAGGCUGUUAACAUUCAGGGAUGUGGCUAUAGACCUCUCACAGGAGGAAUGGGAAAGUCUAGACUUUGCCCAGAGGGCAUUGUACAUGGAUGUGAUGCUGGAGAAUUAUUACAAUCUAGUCUUUGUGGAAAACCAUUGCAUAUGUGAUAAAUAUGAGGUCUUGGAUCAAGACACAAAGCAUAUUUCCCAUGAUCAUGUGAAUAUCCAAGGGACGCCAUUUCAAUGUAAUGAGCUUGGCAAAGGUAUUCAUGAAUCUUCUGACAGGAAUGACAUUGCAGAAAAGUACAAGGACAGAUUGCUUAACCACAGACAUGCCUCUGUUGAAUUAUUAGAUAUAAAUAGACAUGUAAGUGGGAACACUGGAGAAGAACCUUACAAAUACAAAGAAUGUGUAAACUCUUUAGAUUUCUGUUCUAUCAUUAGUCAAAAUCAAAUAAUCCACACAGCAAUAGAAGAACAGGAAAAUACAGAGUAUGAUAAAUCUUUUGACCCUAAACAUAUACUCACACUGAAACGAGCCAGUAGUGCAAAGAAACCACAGCAAUGCAAGAAAUGUGGACAAAUUUUCAAGAUGUACUCAAGUCUCAGUAGACAUCAGAGAGCUCAUACUAGAGAGAAAUCCUAUAAAUGUACAAAAUGUAAUAAAUCCUUUCUGCAUUUGUCCCAACUCAAAGUGCAUUGCAAGAUCCAUUCUGGAGAAAAACCCUACAAAUGUACAGAAUGUGAUAAGUGCUUUUUUCAUACAUCAGACUUGGAAAGACAUUACAGCAUCCACACUGCAGGGAAUACUUACAAAUCUAAUGAUUUUGGCAAAUCCUUUAUCUGCUGUUCAGAUCUUACAAAACAUCAGACAACUCCUGGAGGAGAGAGACUUUCUGGAUGUAAACAAGCUACUAGUACAUUCUACACAUGUUUACACCUUGACCAUUGUGGAAUCCUUACAGGAGAGAACUUUUUCAUAUGUAGUGAAUGUGGUAAAUCACUUUGCAUGUUUUCAGGUCUUAAAAGACAUCAGAGAAUUCACACAGGGGAAAAUCCUUACAAAUGUAAUGAAUGUGAAAAAUCCUUUACCCAGGAAGGCAGUCUUAGAACUCAUCAGAGAAUACAUACAAGAGAGAAACCUUUCAAGUGUAGUGAAUGUGACAGAUACUUUGCCAGGAAAUCCUAUCUUAGAACUCAUCAGAGAAUACAUACAAGAGAGAAACCUUUCAAGUGUAGUGAAUGUGACAGAUACUUUGCCAGGAAAUCCUAUCUUAGAACUCAUCAGAGAAUACAUACAGGAGAGAAACCUUUCAAGUGUAGUGAAUGUGACAGAUACUUUGCCAGGAAAUCCUAUCUUAGAACUCAUCAGAGAAUACAUACAGGAGAGAAACCUUAUAAAUGUAGUGAAUGUGACAAAUCAUUUACCCAGAAAAGCAAUUUUAGAACUCAUCAGAGAAUCCAUACAGGAGAGAAACCUUACAAGUGUAGUGAAUGUGAGAAACUCUUUACCUACAGCUCUCAUCUUAGAAGACAUCAGAGAAUUCAUACAGGAGAGAAGCCUUACAAAUGUAGUGAGUGUGACAAAUCCUUUAUCAAUUGCACAGAACUUAGAAGACAUCAGAAAGUUCAUACAGGAGUUAAACCUUAUAAAUGUAAUGAAUGUGACAAAUACUUUACCCAGAAAGGCAGUCUUAGAACUCAUCAGAGAAUUCAUACAGGAGAGAAACCUUACCAGUGUAGUGAAUGUGACAAAUCCUUUAUCAGGAAAGUCCAUCUUAGAACUCAUCAGAGAAUACAUACAGGAGAGAAACCUUACCAGUGUAAUGAGUGUGACAAAUCCUUUACCCAGAAAUUUAAUCUUAGAACUCAUCAGAGAAUUCAUUCAGGAGAAAAACCUUAUAAAUGUAGUCAAUGUGAGAAAUCUUUUAUCCAGAAAGCCAGCCUUAGAACACAUCAAAGAAUUCAUAUACAGACGCCUUACAAAUGUAGUGUAUGCAGAAAAGUCUACCUGGAUUUCAAGUCUAAGGAAACACCUGAAAAUUCAUAACUAGGGAUAAAAGCUUCUGUAGGAAAUAAUGUGGCACAUGCUUUAACCAGGCUCUGCCCUUAGCUGCACUUGAAGUUUCACACUGGAGAAUCAUGAACAUGAGAAACUUGUGAAAACCUUUAAUAAUGUUUAAUCUUGGAAAGCAAGACAUUAUGUUGAGGGAAAUUCUGAAAAUGUGGCAAUGCAAGAAAAUUUUCAUUAAAAUUUUUUACUUGUUCAUCCUCAAAUACUUCAUCAUGAAGACAUCAUGGAGAAGCCUAAAGAAUAUGCUAUUGUGUAACAGUAUCCUGGAGACUGAAAUGAUACAGUUUGAAGGGAAGCUGAUUAAGACAGGAACUACGUUAUUCAAAAUAACUUAAAAGAAAUCCCUGAACCUGACAAGAUUCAGUAUGCUUACCUCAAUUGAAGAAACCCAGACCAAUCAUGCCAGUUAGAAGGAGAUUUUGCAGAUUGAGUGUCCAAGACUGGAUGCUCUUAAUCUGUAGAUAUGCCUCUGUGUGCUAUGAGUAUUCAGUAUUCAUUAGGUUUAUCCCAUGCUCUUUGGAUUUUAAUGAUGGCAACU